AGAAAGGACAGCAUUUCUAUAAUGAUAAACUUAUCACGCGAUUGGGAUACAAACUCUUUCCAUUACCACAAUGUGAAACAACAUUCUGCUUACUUAGUAACGCAAGGCAUUGUCGACGAGAGAUUUGCAACGUUAUCAUGUAAAGCAUGGUGCCAUGCUAAAGAGAGGGGUAGACGCGGGAGAACACCUGGAGGUAUGCUAGAGGAACAGCUGCUAUCGCAACACUUGCGUGUAUGGGUUGCCAAUUGGUUUCCAUACUGAUGCAUAUAAACCCAGACGUCCACCUACUACAACCGCACUUUACCAGCAAGUUGAAGUGUAUACGCAACGUGAUGGCUAAACGGUUCUCGUCAACCACGUUCGAUGGUCUGGUAAUCAACAUUAAUUAUUACUGUUCUCGCAACUCACCAGAUGAAAGCAUGAUACGAGAAAGUGUCGAUGCAGACGCACCGAGCAGGGAGACUGAAGGACGUGGUGCUGUUAAGCACAAGAAACGUAUCAUCACAGACUACAAAGCACCCCCUCCAAAGAUCGGUGAAACCGCGAGGCGGGAAAACGCUGACGCAGAAAUGCUGAGCAUGGCAGCUGAAGGUUGCGAGGAUGCUCCAUACAGGAAUCUCAUCUCCCCUCCAAAGAACGACUCCAAGGUACCCUCAGCCGAAAUCACCGUGGAUUUGACGCCUCCAUCCCCUGCGGAGGAGACAAAGGAUGACAAGCAGCCGUCAAAGGAAGAAAAAUCUGCAUUCAAUCCGUCGUUUACACCCAAGAUCUUACCUCCAUCUCUGUUGAAAAAGAAACGAGUUGCAUCCAUCUAAAUUGCGUGUGUUUGUAUGUUAUUACUAAGACGUGUUUUUCUUUUUUGCGUGGUUAAAUAAAAAUUAUAAAAUGAUUCUGGUUUA